AUGUCUGUCUUCUCUGUCGACCCUAGAUCUGGAGGCGCCGUUACCACGGAAGUGCUGGAUGAAGUGUGCAAGAGCUUGGGAGUGAGGAUCAAAGACGAAGAGAAGGAGGAUUAUAGAAAGCUAUUGGCGGUCUUCGAUGAAGGUGCGCAGGAGCUGAUGGCGAUGGAAGGUGAGAUAAGAAUACGCUGCGAUGCAGGAAGCGAAGUGCUCAAUUCCGGAUCUCAGACUACGUCCCGCAGGUCGAUCUCGAGCGCUUCCCUCGAAAAGAUGUCCGCCAGAUUGACAUGGCAAAUAACACGCAUGGAGCUUGGGCUUGGAGAUGCAGCGUUCAGGACACCAAACCGAACGAUGGUCUCUUGGCUGGCAAAACAGUAGCCUUGAAGGAUAUGAUCAGCGUCAAGGACGUGCCGAUGUUGAUGGGUACGGAGUUUGUCACUGGAUAUGUCCCGAACAUGGACGCGACUGUGACCACCAGGAUCUUGGAAGCGGGUGGACAUAUCACUGGUAAAGCUGUAUGUGAGAACCUGUGUCAUUCUGCAACGAGCCAUUCGUCGGGGACUGGCGUCGUGGAGAAUCCUCAUGCGAAAGGCUAUAGCAGUGGAGGAAGCAGCAGUGGAAGCGGAGCCCUGGUCGCAUUGGGCGAAGUGGACAUGAGCAUCGGUGCUGACCAGGGCGGAAGCGUGAGGUAUAUUGGUCGCUCCAAGAACUUCAGCACGUCGGAAAGCUGAACCUACUCACGCAGAAUACCUUGCACCAACUGCGCUAUUGUUGGCCUAAAACCGACGUUUGGUCUGAUCCCAUAUACUGGCUGCGGCAGCAACGAACCCACCAACGACCAUCUAGGGCCUAUGACAAGGACAGUGCUCGACAACGCUCUUCUACUGCAGGCGAUUGCAGGCUCAGACAACAUCGACGAUCGAAGCUUCGCAGCACCAUCCCCAGUCAACAUUCCCAAGUAUCACGACAGUCUUCAGACUCAUGAUGGUGCAAAGUCUCUCGAAGGCACGAAGAUCGGCAUCAUCAAAGAAUCCCUGUCUACGCCGGUACUAGAUCCCAGAGUAAAACAGUGCUUUCUCAACGCUGUCUCAGGCCUCGAGAAAGCCGGCGCCACUGUCGAUGAGGUCUCUAUUCCAAUACACACCCAGGGCUUGAACAUUUGGACAGGCGUCAGCAAAGUCGGCGGCUACCUGACUAAAGUAACUGGAUAUACUGGCCGCAGAGGCUAUAUCAUGCAUGAUCUCAAUACCCUCUUCUCCGCCGCACUGCAGGAUCAGGACAGAUGGGACAAAGCCUACGUUGCGAGCAAGAAUAUCUACCUCAAUGGCGCAUACGCGGAGAAGAUGUAUCCUGCUUUGCAAGCUAAAGCGACCAACCUCUCGCGGAAACUGAGAGAUGCCUACGAUGCUGCUCUGGAAGACUACGAUGUCCUGAUUACGCCAACACUUCCUUAUGUUGCUACAAGCCACCCAGUGCCGGAAGCCUCGCCAUUGGAACAGAUUAAGAAACAGGUCGGCUUGGUCAGUAACACUUGUCAGUUCAAUCAGACAGGGCAUCCAGCCUUGACUCUGCCGAUUGGGAGAUUGACACCUUUGGAAGGACCUGCUGCUGGAAGUGAAGAAGUGAAGCUACCUGUGGGGAUGCAGAUUGUCGGGAAGUGGUGGGCGGAAGAGACCGUCUAUCGUGUUGGUUACGCAUGGGAGUCUGCGAAUGAUUGGAGAGAGAUGUGA